AUGUCUGUCUUUUUUCAGAACGGUUCGAAUGCGCUUAUGAUCGCCACUAAAAGAGAUAGCCCAAAAUUCGUAGAGUGUCUAUUGAAACACAAAGCAGAGGUCAACAAGCAGGAGGAGAACGGUUGGACGGCGCUUAUGAUCGCCUCUGUUAUAGGUAACCCAAAAGUCGUAGAGAGUCUAUUGGAAUAUCACGCAGAGGUCGACAAGCAGUCAAAGGAGGGCCAGACGGCGCUCAUGAUUGCCGCCGAUGAAGGUCAUAUUGAGGUCGUAGAUGAUUUAUUGGCAGCUGGAGCAUAUGUUAACAAAGAGAAGAAGAACGGUUGGACGGCGCUUAUGAUCGCCUCUAGUAAAAGUGACCCAGAAGUCGUAAAGAGUCUAUUGAAUGAUAAAGCAGAGGUCGACAAGCAGUCAAAGGAGGGCCAGACGGCGCUCAUGAUUGCCUCCAAUGAAGGUCACAUUGAGGUCGUAGAUGCUUUAUUGGCAGUUGGAGCAUAUGUUAACAAACAGAAGAAGGAUGGCUCGACGGCACUCAUGAACGCUACCAAAUGUGGUCACCUUGAUGUCGUAGAUUGCCUUCUGAAACAUGGAGCAGAUGUUAACAAAAAGAAUAAGGAUGGCUCGACGGCACUCAUGAACGCUACCAAAUGUGGUCACCUUGAUGUCGUAGAUUGCCUUCUGAAACAUGGAGCAGAUGUUAACAAAAAGAAUAAGUGGUAG